CGGCGAGCACACGACGGCAACAGUGCCUUGCCAGACGUCAAGCCAAGUAAGAUGGCGCUACACCAGUGGAAUGGAGCUGCUUCUUCGAAUAUACGUAAAUUUUCCGAAGAAGAACGACAAGAACUUCGUGAACAGUUUGCCAGCAUUGAUCGAGAUGGGUCGGGCUACAUUGAACUGGCAGAGUUGAAACAGGCGCUGGAUGUUUGCGGAUUCAAAAUUCCAUCGUACCAAGUCCGGUUGAUGAUCGAAGAGGUCGACCGGGAACAGUCGGGACCUGGCAAAGGGCGACUAUCAUUUGAAGAAUUUGAACACUUGUGCGCCAAAUUAAAGUCGCAGGAUGUGGCUGCCACGUUCAAAAAAGUCGUGUCGAAGACGGAAAAUCUGCAAACGUUCGGUGGCACUUCUAACGCUUCGUCGGAAGGCACCACUCACACGAUUCGAAUGGAAGAGCAAUUGGCGUUCUCUGAUUGGGUCAACACGAACCUCGGAGAGGACAAGGACCUCAAACACCUGCUGCCCAUUGGCUCGACCGGUCGGAGUCUCUUUGAAAAAGUCAAGGAUGGUAUUCUACUCUGCAAAAUCAUCAAUCACUCGUGCCCGGAUACGAUCGACGAGCGGGCCAUCAAUAUGAAGAAUUUGACUGUCUACACGAUGCACGAAAAUUUGACGUUGGCCCUCUACUCUGCCCAGUCGAUUGGCUGCAAUAUCGUCAACAUUGACGCUCACGAUUUGAGCAAAGGCAAACCUCACCUGGUUCUCGGUCUCCUCUGGCAGAUUAUUCGAAUUGGGUUGUUUAAUCAAAUCACCCUGGAACACUGCCCAGGCUUGACCAACUUGCUGGGCGACAAUGAGCGAAUUGAAGAGUUGAUGAAACUCUCGCCCGAAGCCAUUCUCCUCCGCUGGGUCAACUUCCAGCUGGAAAAGUCGGGCACCAACCGACGCUGCGCCAAUUUCUCCGGCGACAUCACCGACUCUGAAGUGUAUACUUAUCUGCUGAAGCAGAUCGCUCCACUCGAUGCUGGCGUCACGAUGGAAGCCUUGAGGGAGAACGAUUUGUUGCGCCGAGCCGAGUUGAUGCUCCAGCAGGCGGAUAAGCUCGGCUGCCGCAGCUUUUUGACGCCCAAGGACGUUGUCGAUGGCGUCUACAAACUCAAUUUGGCCUUCGUCGCUAACCUUUUCAACAAUCACCCCGCCCUUCAUGCCGAUUCAUCCGUUCCGUUCGAGGCAUUGGAGAAUUUGGAAGAGAGUCGUGAAGAGAAAACAUACCGCAACUGGAUGAACUCUUUGGGUGUGGCUCCCUAUGUCAAUUGGCUCUAUUCUGAUCUGGCCGACGGGUUGGUCAUCUUUCAGCUCUAUGACGUCAUCAAACCCGGUAUCGUCAACUGGAAUCGCGUGCACAAGGAAUUUUCAAAGUUGAGGAAAUUCAUGGAGAAAUUGGAGAAUUGCAACUAUGCCGUGGAACUGGGCAAACAGCUCAAGUUCUCACUGGUCGGCAUCGCUGGCAAAGACAUUAGCGACGGCAAUCCGACCUUGACGCUCGCUUUGAUCUGGCAAUUGAUGCGAGCCUACACGUUGUCUAUUCUGACGCAAUUGGCCGACACUGGAAGUCCAAUCGUCGAAAAGGAAAUCAUCGACUGGGUGAACAACAAAUUGGCCCAGGGCAAGAAAACAACAUCCAUCAGGAAUUUCCAGGACUCUUCCAUCGCCAAAGCACGAGUGGUCAUUGACUUGAUUGACUGCAUCAAACCGGGAACCAUCAAUUACGAGCUGGUGCGAGAGGGCGGGCCGGAUGAGGACAACCUGGCCAACGCCAAGUACGCCAUUUCCAUGGCACGAAAGAUCGGCGCCCGCGUCUACGCUCUGCCAGAGGAUAUAACUGAAGUCAAGCAAAAAAUGGUCAUGACCGUCUUCUCGACUCUGAUGGCCAGAGAUUACGUUCCCACCAUGGACAGCAAAAACAAUUGAGAGGGGAGAAACAAAAAACAAUUUACUAUUUACUACAACAACAACUAUACUAUAUACGACGAGUGCCUAAACAACAUCCGAAGGCUACAGACGAAUUAUAUGCGGUAAGAAUAGAGAAAAACAAAAAAAAAACGAAUAUCCGCUUAACUUUCCAGACCAUCACAGUUGGAGAUACAUUUCAUGCUGACCCCCAUCCGUUUAAUAUUGAUUACAUUUCAAAAAUGGUUGAAUUAUUAUUUUUUUUUGUCCUCCUUAUUCCCAAAUUCCUUUUUUUGUUUUACCUUUAUACUAUAUCCCACGGCUUGCUGUGCGUGCUAAGUGUGUGUGCUUGUUUCUUUUUUUUUUUUUCUUGUUUGUUUUGUAUGUCAGUCGUCGAUUAUUGUAUCGUCAUCAAAGUGUUUGUUUACUUGUGGGAGAUUUAAGAAAGGAAAAAAAAGGCGCCAUACGUGUGUAUAUCCACCCAGAUGAAGGAUAUAUAAAUACGGUAUUAUUUACUAAGACUACA